UAUUUCAAAACACACAGCAAAUAACAGCUCUAUCACUAGCACUAAAGUAUCAUGGCUCAAUACAGGCCAAUGCUCAUUAUAAUCGGGCUGAUUUGUGUGCUCUUUACAUUUACCACUAAUGCAACUGAACAGAACAAUUCACAAAUCUAUAUUAUUCAUUGUGAGUUCCCUGAUGGAGACAGGCCUAUCAGAUAUCAAGAUUUAGAAAGCUGGUAUCUUUCUUUCUUGCCUGCAACAACCUUGGAUAGUGGCCGUGAGGCACCACGAUUGAUAUAUUCCUAUCGAAAUGUCCUAACGGGGUUUGCAGCUAAGUUAUCACCAGAGGAUUUAAAGGAAAUGGAGAAAAUGGAAGGAUUUGUUUCUGCACGCCCCGAGGUGCUACUUGAUUUACACACCACACAUAGUGUCAAUUUCUUGGGUUUGAACCAGAACAUGGGGUUCUGGAAAAACUCGAAUUAUGGGAAAGGUGUGAUCAUUGGAGUCAUUGACACGGGAAUUUUCCCCGACCACCCUUCAUUUAGCGAUGAUGGGAUGCCACCUCCCCCUGCCAAAUGGAAGGGUAAGUGUGAAUUUGAUGUCACGAAGUGUAACAACAAACUCAUUGGAGUGAGGUACUUCGAGUCCUCACAGAUUGAUCCAUGGGAUGAACUUGGUCACGGUACACAUACUGCUAGCACGGCUGCUGGACGACUUGUGCCAGGUGCCAACAUUUUUGGCAAUGCUAAUGGCACUGCUGCGGGCGUUGCACCUCUUGCUCAUCUUGCCAUUUACAAAGCGUGCUCUUCUUUUGGUUGUACUCUGAGCAACUUUUUGGCUGCAAUGGAUAUGGCUAUUGAAGAUGGUGUCGAUGUGCUUUCAAUUUCAGCUGGUAGACUAGAAUUAAAUUUGUAUGAGGACUAUAUUGCGCUUGGUGCCUAUAGUGCUAUGGAAAAAGGAAUCUUUGUCAGCUGUUCUGCUGGAAAUUCAGGACCAACUAGUUUUACAGUGUCUAAUGGAGCUCCCUGGAUUCUCACAGUUGGUGCAAGCACUAUUGACAGGAAAAUAAAGGCCACUGCUGUGCUUGGGAACAAUCAAGAAUUCGACGGACAAUCAGCCUUUCAACCUAGUGAAUUUCCUCCAACACAGUUGCCUCUUGUCUAUCCUGGAAGCAACGCUAGUGACAUUCUUGCUGAAUAUUGUUACCCUUCUUCGUUGAACAACACGAAUGUCACGGGAAAGAUAGUGUUGUGUCAGUUUGGUAUCACGGAUCGAAUUGAUAAAGGGAGAGCAGUAAAGGCAGCUGGUGGUGCUGCCAUGAUUCUAAUGAAUUCAAGAUCCCUGGAUAACACAACAUUGGCCGAUGCGCAUGUCCUUCCGGUGACACAUGUUAGCUAUGUUGAUGGUCUAAAAAUACAAGAAUACAUAAAUUCGACAACCACCCCUACAGCCACAAUAGUAUUCAAAGGAACUAUAAUCGGAGAUGAUCAUGCUCCAGUUGUUGCUGGAUUUUCUUCUAGGGGUCCAAGUUAUGCAAGUCGUGGAAUUCUAAAACCGGACAUUAUUGGUCCUGGUGUUAACAUUUUAGCAGCUUGGCAUACUUCCUUGGAGAACAAAACGAACACAAACUCUACUUUUAACAUGAUUUCAGGCACCUCAAUGUCUUGUCCUCAUCUCAGUGGCGUUGCAGCGCUACUUAAAAGUGUUCACCCCGAUUGGUCUCCAGCUGCAAUUAAGUCAGCAAUUAUGACAACAGCUGAUGUCUUAAACCUCGGAUCCAACUUAAUCGAGGAUGAAACUGACCUUCCAGCUGAUGUCUUUGCCACAGGUGCAGGACACGUUAAUCCAUCAAAAGCAAAUGAUCCCGGACUGAUAUAUGAUAUCGAACCAUCCAAUUACUUACCUUACUUAUGUGGUUUGAAUUACACAAACAGACAAGUUAUGAUGUUUUUGCAGCGCAAAGUUAAUUGUUCGGAGAUUACGAGCAUCUUAGAAAGUCAGCUAAAUUAUCCAUCGUUUUCGAUUCAAAUCAGAAGCAACUCAGAAGCUCUAGUAUAUUCAAGAACUGUAACAAAUGUAGGACAAGCCAACUCAACAUACAGAGUUGAAAUUGAUUCACCGCAGGGUCUUGAUGUGAAAGUUGAACCAGCUACACUUGUUUUUUCAGAAGUGAAACAAAAAUUGAGUUAUCAAGUGACAUUUACACCUUUGGCUACUAGACCAAGUACCAUAUAUAAUCAGGGAUCUCUCAGAUGGAUUUCUGAAAAACACAUUGUUAGGAGUCCAAUUGUUGUUCGUUUUUCUUUUUUCUGAAGUGACAAGUGAAGGAGCUGAUCUCAGUGACAAACUGAUCAAGAUUUUUUAUUUGCAAUAAAGCCUCUUCAAGAUGUCACUUUGAUUUAUUAUUUGUGUUUAGCCAUGUAUACACAUUGUAAAUGUAUCUUCUUUUUUUUCUCCUCUGCCCCUCAAUUUGCAAUAAAAACAAGGCUUGUUGUCACCCGACCCUCCUCAGACUCCACUUAUGGAACAAUGCUUAAUGUAAAAAGAAGUUAAAGCUUU